AUGGUCCGGUUUACCCCUCUGGCAGCACUGGCCUUGGUGCCCCUGGCUCAGGCACGCUUCGACUGGCUGUAUCCACGAGACACCAUUGCUCAAUGUCCUCCUUGCUCACUAGAGAGCGAGCCCAAGGAUUGUUCUCACACAGUGACCGUCACUAAGCCCUCUGGACCAUACGAGACUGUCACUGUCUCGGAUCCCAACGGCUCUUAUCGCACUGUUACUGUCACAGAACAAGAUGGUCCCGGAAAGACUGUUACUAUUACCCAGAACUACCAAAACCCUCAAACCAAGGUUGUGUACAUCAGCCAGGGCGAGACGGUUGAGCCAGCCAUUGAAACUAUCACCGUCACCCGUCCUGGAAAGACUGUCACUGUGACCGCGACAGAAACAGAGACCAGCAAGCACAUCAUCACCAAGAAGAUUGAUAGCUAUCCCGGCCCCAAAACAGUUACCAUCAGCAACGGCCACGAAGAGGUGGUGACCGUUACAGGCAAGGAUCGGCAUGAAGUUACCAAGACUGUGACUAUGGAGAACGGCAACAAGGUUGUCGAGACCAUCACAGCUGAGAACACCAACAACUACGUCGUUACCAAGACCAUCCAGCAAGGUGGCAAGUACUAUACCGUCAUCGUCAAGCCGGAGCCGGCCGUCAGCACUAUCACCAAAGAGAAUGGCGACUGCAUUACUACUGUUGUCGAGGUUGAUCAGACCUACACAUUGACUGCUCCGGCCAAGUAUGGAACUGCUACUGUAAUAGACGACGACUGCGAGACUUACACAAGGACUGCCACUUACACUGGUAAGCCUGAGGUUGAGGUCAUUGUUUACGACCCGGAGACUGGCGACUCAACCUGUACAAAGGAGGACGGAAAGCCCUGCAACCCUGGCUACGACAAUGGUGGUGAUGGUAGCAUGGGCCAGUAUGAAGAUCCUACCAACACAAAGGGCCAGGACGGAAGUGGCAACUACAACAGCAACGCCCCUUUAUACACCAAAAUCCGAACUUACGGCAACGGUGAUGUCUACACCGAGGUCCAUGGUGCUGAACCAACUGGAUGCGAAUCAGCUGCAGUCUCCACGAGCAUCGCUACUGUUUAUAACACCGUGGUUGUGACAGCAGAUGCGUCACCGUCAAAGGCCCCUACUGCCGAGCGCCGAGCAGCAAACAAAGUUCGGUCACCCCUAUCUGUUCGAUGGUGA